UACGUACGCCGCCGGCCUCACCCAAGCAGGGGCGUUGCUUUGACUACGCCAGCUCUUCCUUGCAGCGCCGGUUGCGCCCUCCGGCGAUCCUCCGCCCUAGCGCCGGCAAGCUGCCGCCUUGCUGCUUCGCUUGCUUGGCAUGCUCGGUAUUGCUUCAUGUGUAUUGUGAAUUUGGGAUCCUAGUAACCUGUUUUUUGUGUUCUAUACGCAACUGACGAAUCAAAUGCUAACAGCGCUUCUCAUUUCCUGAUUGAUCUCUUCUUGUUUGACACUAUUCUCAUCGUUCAUUCAGUUCUUUGCUUUAACCUGUGAUACAUGGCAUCAGAAAUUCGGUAAGUUUCCUAUUUGCUGACGCGCUGAGCUGCGUAUGUAUAGAUAGCACAUAACAGAGAAACAGAAAAGUCUUCUCUGAUCGGCAGCGACCAUGUCUCUUUCAACAAGCCAUCUGCAAGACAGAGCAUCGGACACCGGCACAAAAAUGGGCGGCCGGCGGAGCGACAGCGCGGCCGCCGUGGUUGUUGCAUUCAACGGUGCAGGUUCAGUGGCGCCCCCCGUUAUUAGUGACCCACAGGACCGCCACUAUCUGCACGGGUCUACCUCACAGGGACCGCAACCGCAACCGCCUCGCCGGGAGCAGGUAGCAGCAGCAGGUGUUCGGCAGCGGCCUCGCCGGCGAUGCCGAUCUCCGGCGCCCGGCCGCACGUCGUCCUGCUACCGAGCGCCGGCAUGGGCCACCUGGUCCCGUUCGGCCGCCUGGCCGUCGCGCUGUCGGGCGGCCGCGGCUGCGACGUCUCCGUCGCCGCGGUGCUCCCCACCGUGUCCUCCGCGGAGGCCCGGCACCUCGAGGCGCUCUUCGCCGCGGCGGGCACGGCCGUCCGCCGGCUCGACUUCCGCCUGGCGCCGUUCGACGCGUCCGAGUUCCCCGGCGCCGACCCCUUCUUCCUCCGCUUCGAGGCCAUGCGCCGCUCCGCGCCGCUGCUCGGCCUGCUCCUCGCCGCCGCCGGCGCGUCCGCGCUCGUCACGGACAUCGCGCUGGCCUCCGUCGUCCUGCCCGUCGCCAGGGAGCGUGGCGUCCCGUGCUACGUCCUCUUCACGGCCUCCGCCGCGAUGCUCGCCUUCUGCGCCUACUUCCCCGCCCACCUCGACGCCAGCGCCGCCGACGGCCGCGGGGCCGUCGUCGGCGACGUCGAUGUCCCCGGCGUGUACCGGGUCCCAAAGUCCUCCGUCCCGCAGGCGCUGCACGACCCGAAGCACCUCUUCACCCAGCAGUUCGUGGCGAACGGACGCGGUCUCGUGGACGCUGACGGCAUCCUUGUCAACACGUUCGACGCCUUCGAGCCGGAGGCCAUCACGGCCCUACGGGAAGGCUCGGUGGCCUCCGGCUUCCCGCCGGUGUUCGCCGUCGGCCCGCUCCUCCCGGUGAGGUUUCCACCGCAGGAGCCGGCGGAAGACCCUGCCGGCUACAUGCAGUGGCUCGACGCGCAGCCGGCGCGGUCGGUGGUGUACGUGAGCUUCGGCAGCCGCAAGGCCAUUUCGCCAGACCAGCUCCGGGAGCUCGCCGCGGGGCUCGAGGCCAGCGGCCACCGGUUCCUGUGGGUGGUAAAAAGCACCGUCGUUGACAGGGACGAGGCCGCCGAGCUCGGCGACCUGCUCGGCGACGAGGGGUUCCUGGGGCGGGUGCAGGGGCGCGCGCUCGUGACCAAGGGGUGGGUGGAGCAGGAGGAGAUCCUGCAGCACGGGUCGGUGGGCCUGUUCGUCAGCCACUGCGGGUGGAACUCCCUGACGGAGGCCGCGGCGUCCGGAGUGCCAGUGCUGGCGUGGCCGCGCUUCGGUGACCAGCGCAUCAACGCCGCCGUGGUGGCGCGCAGCCGGCUGGGCGCGUGGGAGGAGCGGUGGAGCUGGGACGGGGAGGAAGGGUUGGUGACCGGGAAGGAGGUCGCGGAGAAGAUCAAGGCCAUGAUGGCGGACGAGGCGGUGGCCAAGAAGGCAGCGACGGUCGGGGAAGCGGCGGCAGCGGCCACGGCAAAGGGCGGGACGAGCUACUGGAGCUUGGCGGAGUUCGUUGGGCGGUGCCGCGACGCAGGCGGCAGGCACGAGUGAUGCCGAUCAACUCUGCAAAGAAAAGAUAUGAUUUUGUUCUUGUGGUUUUUUUGUUCGUUUCCUGAAUCGUGAGGCCUGACUGGUGAUGUUCUCCAGACUGGGACUGGUAGGCAAGCCAGUGCCACCUGGCUGCAUUUUGUAAAGUAACAUCCUUUUUUAGCAAUGGACUCAGCAUUUAGUCAU